GUAUGUGCAAUUAAUGUUGGUAAAAACCGAAUUACAUCGCAUCACAUUAUAUGGGUUAGUCUACCGUAGAAUUUCACAAUUAUAAAACUGAGAUUCUUUCAAGCCGCCUAUAAUAAGUUCAUUUCUUGACGUAACUGUGAUAAAUGUUUGUAGCGACGCGCACCCUGGGGUUGGGAAGGUUCAACAUUCCUCUGUGGUGCUUAGGGAAGGGCUGGGGAGGAUAUAAGACCCCACCUCGGGCUGAAGGUGUGAGUGACCAGUUUCCAUUGUCCAGCUGAAGCGGCGGCAGUUACAGGAGGAGUCAACAUGAGCUGCAGCCCAGAGAGGAUGUCUUCGUACCGCCGUCAUUUCGAGGGCGCCUCGGCCGUCCCUCCUGCCUACCGGCUCCGGGUGUCCAGUCCCUCUCCCACCCGCAUAGGGACCCGCCACCGGUCGGCCAGUGGUGGGACGACGGCGCGAAGGGCCCUCUCCAGUAAGGCCCGCAUGACCAGCAGUGUGAGCGUGGGAGCGCUGUGCUUUGGUAUGUCCAUGGGGCUCGGGCCUAAACUGGACCUGGAUGCAGCUGCAGCAGAGAACCAGGCCUUUAUGAUGACUCGAACCGGGGAAAGGCAGGAGAUGGUAGCCCUCAAUGACCGCCUGGCAGCUUACAUUGAAAAGGUGCGAACACUGGAGUCGAAAAACAAGCUGCUGGAGGCAGAGAUUGAGGCCCUGAAGGGUAGCCAUGUCAGACCAUCCGGCCUCAGGCAGCUGUACGAAUCCCAGCUGAGAGAACUCAACAGGGACGCUGAGCAGAUGAGAGUACAUAGGGAUAUGUCUUUGGCAGCCAAGGAGGCGAUGUUGGGCCAGUUGGAGAUGCUAAAGGUCAAAUAUGAUGAAGCAGUGGAAGCCAGGAAGAAGACAGAGCACGAAAUUGAGACGCUACGUCCAGAUGUGGAUAAGGCGACCUCAGCCCGGAUUACUCUGGAGAAGCAGCUGGAAAACCUGGAGACUGAACUGGCCUUCCUGCAGAGAGUUCACAAGGAGGAAAUCGAGGAGCUCAUGCAGCAGAUCUAUUCAGCAGCCUCCAAGGUGGACCUGGACUUUGGUCUCCCAGACCUCUCCUCUGCUCUAAGACAGAUUCAGUCUCAGUACGACAUUAUCACUGCCAAAAACCUACAGGAAAUGGACACCUGGUACAGGACAAAGUUUGAGGACCUGAGCAAUGCCUCCACCAAACACGUUCAAAGUGUUCGAAGUGUGAGAGAGGAAAUCGCAUGCUAUAAGAAGGAUAUCCUCAACAAGGAACGUGAAUUGGAGGCACUCAAGACGAGGAAUGAGUAUUUGGAGGCUCAGAUCCGUGAUGUAGUUGAGAAAUACAAAAAGAAGGAGGACGACUUACAGGGGCGUAUAGAGGCGAUUAAACUGGAUCUGAAGGUGACCAAGGAGAAGAUAGCUCUGCUGCUGAGGGAAUAUCAGGACCUACUGAAUGUCAAGAUGGCUCUAGAGAUUGAGAUCACCACCUACAGGACGCUGAUUGAAGGGGAAGAUAGCCGUCUGAGCACCAUGGUUCAUAACCUGUCCCUGACCGGAGGCCUGCACCUCACUUCAAGUGUUAGCAUGCGUGCUGCCUCAGCCUCUGCCUCAGCCUCAGCCUCAGCUUCACAUAGCUUUGCGCCCGCAGCAACUUCAAAGCUGGGUGACGCCCCCAGUGACACGAGCAGUAGCGGAGCCCCAGUGGAGGUGGCCGCAUCAGACACCCGGACGGACGGUAGCUUAGAGUAGCAGCCUACAGAGAUGUCUGAGAGGAAGACGGUCCUCAUCAGGUAGAAGGGGAAUUUGGCACAGGAUAUCUACUACCUAACAUCUGUGAUAGUUUUCACUCAAAUCUCUUUGUGGCCAAACAUUACAGUAAUCUUUCUUAUUUUAUUUUUUUUCUACCUGUUGCCCUUUUUUCCCCAGAACAGUUAAGACAGACGAGGACAAUUAUGAGAGCAACACACAAGAGCGCACCAUAACCAUUUCUGGAGCAGCUGACGACACGGAUGUGGGAUAAGCCAUUUAUCUUUCCCAAACCUUACUAUCUGACUAUAUGCUGUACACCAUUUGUUAUGUUACCAAGGUUUUCUCAAAGCUAUGAAGAUUCUCAAAUUAAAAAAAAAAAUUUAAGAGAAAAGACACUGUACAGCAAUAAGAGGAAUUCCAUUUUAUACUCCAACAGCAUUUGCCCUUUCCAAGGUCUGUGUUUAUCUUCAGUGGAGACUUUACACUGUGUCCUGUCACUCUGCUCUGCCUGCUCCUAACUCUGUCAGCCUCUCCCUGCCUUCCUGCUCAUUUAAUCCUCUUGUGUGUCAGGGACGUGUCUUUGAAAGUAACAAAAAUAAACAGCGAGCAAGCAUA